AUGCAAAAGCCUCGCUUCCUAUUUCCACGCGAUACUCUGCUCGACCUCCUUUGCAUCAUCUCGCGCCGGCCAUCCUACCAUUGCAUCCACCGCCAACCAGUGUUUCAAGCCUCACUCCGCCAUGCCUCUACAAGUACCAGACCACCACCAACCAAACCCACCCUCGCCCCCAGAGUGCCCCUCCGCAUGCUCCUAGACCGCAACCCAGACCACACCUCAGCGAUAUCCAAAAUCCCCAUCCCAAAAGGCGAGCGCGGCGAGAAAUUUACCCCCUCCCGCCUCUCCCGACCCAUCGGCCUCCCCUAUCCACCCCACCCCGGCCAAAACGCCCCACACUCCCACAUGAGCUGGUCCGAACGGCGCGACUCCUACGCCGAUCCCGAAAACGUCCAAGUCCGCCGGCGGUUGCUGGUGAGGACGCUGCUGCGUCCGUAUUUCCAGGAGUGGAAGCGCCUGGAGCAUUUCCAAGGGAAGAGCUUUGUGGGGAGUGAUAGGUUGUUUAGGCGGGAGAAGGCGCUGUGGUUCCCGAAUCUGUGGGGGUGGACUCUGGCCUGGGAUGGGGCAGAGGGAAGGGAUACGACGCCUGUGCUGAAGGGUAAGGUUAGUCUGGUGAGUGUCCAGAGUGGAGUAUGGGCGGAGACGCAGGUUCGGACGUUCCUUGGAGAGAAGGAGAAUCCGGAGUUGCAGAGAUUGAUUAAGGAGAAUAGCCGGUUGGUGCAGAAGGUCGAAGUGAAUGUCCAGGACCACUGGUUCCGGGCACUGCUCGUGAAGCUUUUCAAGAAUGGGCUGAGGAAGAGCCGGCCGGAGUCGGAGUGGGGGAAGUACUUUACUGUAAGAUUGAGCCGGGAUUCGGGUAAAGGGCUUACAGAGGACAUCCGAGAUGCGAUGGGCUUGCUCAACUCGCAGGUGGGCUAUGUGUAUCUGCUGGACACAGAGUGUCGGAUCCGUUGGGCGGGAAGCGGGCAUGCCUGGGAGGGCGAGAACAAGUCUCUCAACGCUGGCUUGAUCAGACUGCUGCAAGAAGCAAGAGAAGCCAAAGACCCAGUGAGACCAGCUCUACAUGCAGACGCCGUUCGUGAGGGUGACCUGCAGGAAGCAGUCCAAAAGGCUUUGGCAUGA